GCAACUCUCCUCUCUCUCUUUUGACCCUCAACCUGCCGUCCCUAAAAGCUCCAACGAUUGUCGCGAGAGCGUCAUUCAGAACACCCGCAGAGAGAGAGAUGUGCACUUUGGAAAAAAGGGGCAAGAUCUUCAUCCUAACGCUAACCGGCGCAGGUGAACACCGCCUAAAUCCCGUGCUACUUGAUGCGGUCCAGUCGGCUUUGCGCCACGUCCGAGACGAGUCCAUUUCCUCCCCAUCUUCGGCUCUAAUCACCACCGCCCAAGGCAAGUUCUUCUGCAAUGGCUACGAUCUUGACUGGGCCGGGUCCUCUCCAUCUCGCUCCGAACUCAUGAACUCAAAACUCCAAUCACUUGUAGCCGACCUCAUCUCGCUCCCCAUGCCCACCAUCGCAGCCGUCUCUGGCCACGCCUCAGCCGCCGGUUUCAUCCUCGCUCAGAGCCACGACUACGUCCUCAUGCGGAAAGACCGAGGCUUCCUUUACAUGAGCGAGCUCGAUAUUAACCUGGUAAUUCCGGCUUGGUUCAUGGCUCUAAUUGAGUGCAAGAUCGGCUCACCGAUGACUCGGCGUCACCUGGUUUUAACAGCGGCUAAGGUGACGGCUAAGGAAGCCGUGGAGAAGGGGAUUAUCGACUCGGCACACGAUAGCGCGGAGGAGACGGUUAAGGCUGCGUUAAGGUUGGGGGAGGAGUUGGGAGGAAGGGAAUGGGAUGGACACGUGUACGCUCAGAUUCGCAUGAAUCUGUUGGCUGGGGUCUUGGAUGAAAUCGCUGCGAGAAGAAGCACUCGAUCGCGAAUGUAGACCCCAUUGCCGAUUCUUGCUUACAUAUGAUGCUCUUCCUCUUGUGUUUUUAUAUGUGGUCUAGCUUUUUGGUUUUUGGGAAUAUUUAUUUUUGCAAGUAAACAUGUAGUCAUUUUGUGAUAUCUCAUAUGAUAUGGAUAAGGGUAGGUGGUGUGUGAGAUUUCACAUUGCUUGAAAAUAAGAAGUUAUUACUCUUUAUAAGAUUUCAAUGAACCUUUAAUUGUAUCAUUGAUUAGUCCUUUUGAAGUAUAAGAUAUGUGGUUUGGGCCUUUUAUUGCGGCAUUAUAAAUGGUAUCAGAACCUAUCCCAACUUGAAAUGUGAGACUUGAGUCGUGCCACCUGUAAUAGACAGGCCCGAUGAGGACGUCAGGAGUUUAAGGGGGGUAGAUUGUGAUAUCUCAUAUGAUAUGGAUAAAGGUAGGUGGU